GGCUUCUGUGGGGACAAGACGGUAACGUCAGUGCCCAGAAUUGGGUACCGGCCUCAGACCAGGACCCCCACUGCAGUAUCCCCAACUCUAGAACUCACCAUCCCGGCGAUGACACGAAGGCCGCAACGUGAGUAGUACCGGAAAAGGCUUUGGAACCACUUCCGGAUUGUGGGUCUCCGCCCCCUCGCUCCCGGAAGUAGAAGACAGCAGCGUUACCAUGGCGGCGUCUCUGGGGCAGGUGCUGGCUCUGGUGCUGGUGGCCGCUCUGUGGGGUGGCACGCAGCCGCUGCUGAAGCGAGCCUCUGCAGGCCUGCAGCGGAUUCAUGAGCCGACCUGGGCCCGACAGUUGCUACAGGAGAUGAAGACCCUCUUCUUGAAUAUUGAGUACCUGAUGCCCUUUCUCCUCAACCAGUGUGGCUCUCUUCUCUAUUACCUCACCUUGGCAUCGACAGAUCUGACCCUAGCUGUACCCAUCUGUAAUUCUCUGGCCAUCAUCUUCACACUGAUUGUUGGGAAGGCCCUUGGAGAAGAUAUUGGUGGAAAACGAGCAGUCGCUGGCAUGGUGCUCACCGUGACAGGAAUUUCACUCUGCAUCACAAGCUCAGUGAGUAAGACCCAGGGGCAACCGUCUACCCUUUGAGUGGGCCGAACCCAUUUCCAGCUCUGCUGCCUCCUGGAAGCCCCUGGGCCAUGAAGUGCUGGCAGUGAGCAGAUGGACCUAGCACCUCCCAUCUCUGGCCUCAGCUUCCUCCUCUUAUGGGGAUAACAGUUACCUCAUGGAUCACAAUAAGAGAACAAGAGUGAAAGGGUUUUAUAACCUUCAAGUGCUGUUCACCUACUGGGAUUUAGCACAGGAGACUCGACGCUUCACCCUCAGCAACCUUUCUGCCCCAGCAUCUCUCUUCCUGCUGUCAUCUCAGGCCCCCAGUUAAGCCACCAUUAUGUGGCCUAAUCUGGACUAUCAUGGUGGCAGUUUCCAUGGACUGCAGAACCCCAGCUGCAUGGAAAAGGCCAGCUACAGACCAAGCCAGAAAGCAAACAGGAGGCCUCCAGGGCUCAGUCAGAGCGCCUUGGCUGACUGAGGGGUGGAACUGAGGGGAGGAAGGUGCCUCAGAGUGGCAGAUGCAGGAGAUGAGCUAUUAGCCUUGCCUGCCCCACCCAUGAGGUGGACAGAAAUCCUCACUGCCAGCCUCUCUUAAACAGGUAGCAGCUGUGAGCCCCAGCGCCACCUAACUCCAGCACCCAGCACAACACCUGGAGAGUAGUAGCUGUCAAUAAAUCUGUGGUAGACAGAGGUUAA